AUGUCCACCGGGUCGGCGGGAAGUCAAACCCCCAAAGCGUCACUUCCGGCCCCGAGGAGCGGUGGAAGCGGGACGGGGCGGAGGGGGAACGCUGCCCGCCGGCGGGUAUGUGGGCAUCCGCUCCAGCUUGGAGUCAAGGACGGAGAGGCCGGCCGAUAUGGACAUAGGGGAGAUGCAUCUGCCAACAUUUUGGGAAAUUACCAUGACCAUCCAGCGUCAGCUACAACUGCCUGCACAGUACUUGAAUUGGAAAAGGUCACCAAAACAAUUGAGUUAAUCAGGGCUGAGGAGGAGAAGCAACAACACAAAUUUUUGAUGUUACGUUCAUGUGAUUGUGGAAAUUGCAGCUUGAUACCGCCAAUAAACAGUGAGGCAAACUCUUUUUCCUGUACUGGCAAGACAUCAAUAAAGUAUAAACCUUUCUCUUUAUAUGAAUGCAAUUAUACUGUGUAUAAUCCACAACCAAUAUAUAACUGUUCAGCAUCUAAGUAUACAGUUAAUGUUUCUGGUGAAGAGGAUGCAUCCCAGGACCUUGCACAGAGUAAUUCCAAUGAUAAAAUUGUUUGUUCACUUUGGAGUCAAAGUUUGGUUGAAUACUGUAAACCCAGCACUGAUCUAGAGUAUGAUCCAUUGGUAAACUUCUCUUCCAGCGUGAGAAAAAGUUGUACUAAGGAAGUUAUGGAGGAGAAACUGGAGUGUAAGGGAGCCAUUGAACCAAGUUCUGAAAUGAAGCUUUCUCUAGUGUCUGAAACAGUGAGGAACAGUCAACCUUUUGAAGCUGAGAUGAGCUCUGAAGAUGAACUUGUUAUUGAUGUACCACUCACUCCAUGUUCCAAGAAUCAUGGGGAGAUUCAGAGAAAGAGAAGUAAUGACCCUGCUUUAAUUUGCAAAGUUAAGCAAUGCAAUGUUGAUGAGCCUGUUGGAGUAGUUCUGGCUUUGGACCAAGUUGUGAACCAUUGUUCUAAUGUUGAGUUAGAAAAUAAUUGCAGGGAAUCGGAGCCGGAAGUCCAGAAAUGCGGAAAAGCCAAAGAACGAAGUUCAAUCCGUCUGAACGUUUCAGGACUGUCAAACUGCAUAAUGCAACAAUCAGAAUCUGGAAUUCCACUGAAAACUGGUCAUGUGGCCUCUACCAAUGGGAAGAGUGUUGGAUUGGAAACUGAAAAUACUACUUACACUAGUAAGCUGGGGGAGAACUUGAUUAUUGGCCAAGCUAGUAUGAAGACACAGAGCCAUGUUGGCUAUCUUGGUAAUGAAAGCUUGAAUGGAAGUCUUCAAAGUGCGAGUGAUAACAGUGAAGAAUCAUUUUUAGGUGAGAAACUGAACCCCACAGAUAUGGAGGUUUUGGAAUUCUCUGACUCAGACCCAAUGGAAGAAUGCUUGAGGAUUUUUAAUGAGUCCUCAAAGCAAGAAAUCAAAGCAAGUACUACUGUAACUGAAGAGAGUUCAGUUAAGGACAUACAAUUAUCUGUGAAUGCAGCAAGUGCUCCCACAAAGCAAAAGAAGAGGAUUGCUCACGUUGCAAAAUUUAAGGACAGAUCAAGUUUUAACCGAGUAAUUAUUCCACACAUACCACCGGCAUCAAAGCUGAAGUGUCACAGUCGAAUUAAGGUGAUCCAACAGCAGGCUGUACAGAUAAUGGCCAAUGUUAAAGGUGGCCAGGCUUACAAAGCAACAGUGUCUGAUUGUCUGGCUCAAAAGAAGCUACUUGUGCAAAAUUCAAAGCUUCAGUAUGGCAGCAAUGUGGAAACAGUUUUCAGGGAUUCGUUCAGGAAGGUCCCAGGCACUUCUUGUAACUCUGGAGGUAAUGUGCCACUGACGGGAAAGACCUUGGAUGGUGCAUCAAAAGCUGAACGUGACACUUUACUGGGUCCGGCUGCACCAGUCCCAGAUACACAGAGAAAAAAUGCAAAGCGGGGUCCGAAAGUCUCCAAAAAUAUCCGCAAGCGAUACCUUGGCUUCUUUAUUGAAGAGUUUCUGAAGACCUCUUCAUCUCGUCAGGAAGCAGUCAGUAAGGCCGUGUCUGAGGAAAAGACCAUCUUUGACCACAGCACAGGCAGGUUCAUGUAUCUGAAUAUAGCUGUGCACACUUUGAAGAUGCUUCGCAAUGUUCCAAAUCAUGAAUCCGUCCUUUCCUAUGGUCAGCACUCUGUGAAAAGGAAUAGACCGUCUUCGGGAACAAUUUUAGAAGGUGCUGCACUUUACAGAGCACUCAAAGAUUAUGUCUUAAGUGAAGAGCAGCUCAAAAAUGGAUAUCCUCAUUUCAACCCUGACAAACCAGGCACUGCUGUGUUAUUUAAUGAUGAAGCAAAGAAAUGCCUUGCUGACUCUUUCAUCCAGGUUUGCUGUCGUUGUGGAAUAUCAUUCUCUGUAACACCUGAUGGAAACUACAUCUCCAAGGAAGAAUGUGUGUACCACUGGGGAAAAUUAAUAAGGCAGCAAGUUUCUAAUGGAUGGGAAUGCCGAUACAGUUGCUGUGAGACGGUACUGGGAUCUGUUGGAUGUCAGGUUGCUAAGUUGCAUGUCUACAAUAAAAACGAGAAUCUUGAUGGAUUUGUGAAGACUUAUCUUAAGCUACUGCCUCUUGAUGGGAAUCCUGGCAUAUAUGCAGUAAACUCAGAAGUAUGCUACACAAAACAAGGAGCUGAACUGGCUCGUGUCAGUGUGAUCAACGCCAAUCUUGAAGUGGUUUAUGAUGAGUUUGUUAAACCAAAGAAUGAAGUAAUUGAUUACAACACAAGGCUUUCUGGAGUGUCCCAAGAGGAUUUAAUGAAUGCAAAAACAACUCUUGGUGAUGUUCAGAGAACAUUACUACAAAUCCUUAGUGCUGAUACUAUUUUAAUCGGUUAUAGCUUGGGCAAAGACUUGCUUGCACUCAAGCUUAUACACAGUGUUGUCAUCGACAUAAUGUUUAUUUUUCCGCAUCACCUAAGCCUACUGCAGAAACCUCUGUUGAAGAAUUCAAUGACAGAGUGUCUUCAACAUUUUGUUACAAGUAUCACUCAAGGGUCUGGAUCUAUUGAGAAAGGACGUGCAUACAUGGAACUCGUGCUGUGUAAAGUGAAGGAAGAUGCCAAAAGCAGGAAGCGAUGAGACCUCUUGAAAGAGGCAGUAUUCAGAUGGGACAAUAAUCCUGGAUCCAUUUAAACCGGGCAAUCCCUAGUGAAUUUUCUUGUUCAAGUUAAAUCUUCCUGUCAGUGCUUGCUUUUUGCCUUUUGUGCUUGUACUCUGCUUAUAUUCCUGGCAAAAGUUCAACUUUGUUAUUGCUUUAGCCACUGGUUGUAUUUGUUUUAACAGUACCAAAUGUUAGAAGGAGAAUACAAGUGUAUCGUGCACACUUUGGCACUUAAAACACAUUUUCCCCUUGAAGGAAUAAGGGGGUUGGGUUACCUUUGGCUUAUUUAGUCCAGUAAUUGCUGACCUGUGUAGUGAUGCAAGCUAAGAAUUAAGUUAAUUAUUGUGUUC